AUGGCUCUUAAGACUGUAUCCAUCUGGGGUUAUUCCAAAACUCCUCCCCCUCAAUUGGGUGUUGGUCUUGCCAAUUCUCAUUCUACCCCGAUUGGGAAUCUACGAUAUGAUUUUGACAAAUGUCGCAGAUGGGAAUGCUGUUGUUUGGGUGUUUUGGCUCAGAGAGCUACCACUGCUGUUGAAGAUGAGGGGCUCAAUGUCCCUCUCCCUUUGGUUCAUUCUUCUGGGGCUGCUGACGGUGUUCACCAAAAUGAGUCAAAGGGAUUUCACAAGGAUAUUAACCAGCUUCCUAGUGAGUUACAUAAUAUCUCCCUGCCCUGUCCCACCAUAAAUUUUGUUUUUAUGUUUAACCGCCAUUCUGAGAAUUCUCGUGUUGUGCUGAUGUUUAAAGUUAUAAAUGUUGCUGAUUUCAUGACUAACUUCGGUUAUGAAAUAACGUUUCUCCUUAUGUUGUUUUGGAGGGAUAAUUUUGGCAAGAUGUUCACAAUAUAUGCAUUUGAUAUCAUCAUUGAGCUGGUUUCUUCUUUACAGUUUUGUCCUGUUGAGUCGAUGAUUUAUCCGAUAACCGGCUCAGCUGACUCAGGUUUCAGGCAAGUUUCAGGCAAAGCGAAGCCAUUAACAACAAUUGACAUUUCUUCUUCUCCAAGAGAUGGAUCAAAGGUUCGCGUGGCUUAUCAGGGACUUCCGGGAGCAUAUAGUGAGGAUGCAGCUUUGAAAGCAUAUCCAAAAUGUGAGACUGUGCCAUGUGACAAUUUUGAAGCUGCAUUCAAGGCAGUUGAAUUAUGGUUAGUGGAUAAAGCUGUCCUACCCAUUGAAAAUUCUGUUGCUGGAAGCAUUCACCGUAAUUAUGACUUACUUCUUCGCCAUAGGCUGCACAUUGUUGGGGAGGUUCAGUUGCGUGUUAAUCACUGCCUUUUAGGAUUGCCUGGUGUGAGAAAGGAUGACCUCGAAGUUGUUGUCAGUCAUCCGCAGGCGUUAGAACAAUGUGAGAAAAUGCUUAGUGAUUUAGGUGUUGUCAAGAUUGGUGCACAUGAUACUGCUGAUGCUGCUCAGACAGUGGCCUCAAAUUGUGCAAGAGACACAGGAGCUAUUGCAAGUUCCCGAGCUGCAAAAGUGUAUGGGCUUGACAUACUAGCAGAAAGAAUUCAGGAUGAUGAUGAGAACGUUACUCGUUUCUUGGUCCUUGCAAGGGAUCCUAUAAUUCCUGGAACCGACAGGCCACAUAAGACUAGCAUUGCUUUCAGUCUAGAAGAAGGUCCAGGUGUACUGUUCAAAGCCUUGGCAGUUUUUGCUAUGAGGGAUAUAAAUUUGUCAAAGAUAGAGAGCUGUCCACUGAAGCAGCGCCCAUUAAGGGUUGUGGAUGAUUCAAAUCAAGGGAGUUCCACGUACUUUGACUACCUCUUCUACAUUGAUAUUGAAGCUUCUAUGGCAGAACCUCGUGCACAGUAUGCUUUAGGACAGUUGCAGGAAUUUGCUAGGUUUCUUCGAGUUCUUGGUUGCUAUCCUAUGGAUACAGUGUUGUAG